UGCCCUGGUCGACAAGCAUGGAAAAUCAGAGCUAGAGUUAUUAGAAAGUGGGAGAUGGCACCUAAUGCUGAACCUUCCAAACCUUAUGCUAUGCAGCUUGUGUUGAUUGAUUCAGAGGGUUGCAAAAUAGAGGCAAAUAUUAAAAAGUAUUUGAUGAGCAAAUUCCAGAGGGAUAUAGUUGAAGGAAAUGUUUACAUUUUUACAUUUUUCGUUUUGGUGGACAACAAUGGUGCUUAUCGUGCUGCUGAACAUGAGUACAAAAUUUUGUUCAAUAGUAAGACUAAGGUCCAAAUUGACCAGUGUGAUACCAUUCCAAUGCUUGGGUUAACAUUGAAGGAUACAUCUGAAAUUAAGAUGACUAUGGGGGAGUCUGACUACCUUAUGGAUAUUAUUGGGUUGGUCACAGCUGUAUCUGAUGAGCAACAAUUUCCAAAGUCUGGAAAUGUUACUAGAAGAAUUGAAAUGGAGAUUACUGAUGACAAGGGAAAGAUCAAGAUGUCUUUAUUUGGCAAGUACGUUGAUAUGGUUAAAGGAUUUCUUGCUGCUGAUGGAGUUCGACUUGCAGUUAUUGUUGUGCAAUUUGCCAAAGUUAAGACAUACAGAGGAGAAGUUGUUAUUCAAAAUGUUAUGCAAGCUACUAAGUUGUUUUGGAAUGCUGAUAUUCCUGAAGUUUCUGUUUUUCGUGAUGGUAUUGCCUUACAUGGUCUUGAUUCUGAUUUGCCUAUUGGUAAAAUUGGUGGUGGAUUCCGCAAUGUGCCUGCCAAUGAGGAGUUUAUUAGCAUGUAUCCUAAGAAGAAUAUUGUGGAGUUGCAUGACACAGCUGAGGAGGGUUUGUUCAUAGUCCUAGGAAAGAUUAGUGGAUUAAUUGAGGGUGAGAAGUGGUGGUAUGCAUCUUGCCAAUGCCGCAAAGCUGUGACUAUUGAAGAUGGUCUUUAUUACUGUGGUUCUUGCUGCACUCAUGUUGUUGAGUUUACUCCCAGAUUUCGCCUCAAGUUUGAGGUUUGUGAUGGAGAUGAACUUGCUACAUUUGUCAUGUUUGACACAGAUUGUCAAAAUAUGCUUGGGAAAAGCUGCAGAGAGUUGGUUAUGUUCUCAAAGGGAAAAGCUUCUGAUGAAUACCCUGAUGAUAUAAAGGCACUUAUUGGAAAGGAGGCUCUUUUCAAAGUUGAGAAGUUAAGUGACCAUGGAACAAAGUAUGAUGAUUCAUACAAAGUCAAGAAAACAUGUGAUGACAAGUUCAUAAUUGAUCUUUUCAAUGACAAGACCAAGAUUGAAACCCCAACAAAGGUCUGCUUGACAUACUUUAAUGAAACUUUAAUUAUUGACCCAUAUGGAUCCAACUUUGAAUCAGAUGACAAAGAACCUUUGUUUACUGAUAGUUCUCUUGGUUCUGCUAGCCAAUUCUCUUCUGUUGCUGACACAAAUGUUUCUGUUGAUGACAUUUCUCCAUUUGGAGAUUCAGCUAGAUUUAUUGUGGUGCCAAAGCGAUUUCAUGAAGCUGUUGGAUAUGAAAUCAAUAAUGCUGUUCAGUUGCAAGAUCCUGUGGGGAACACCUUUAAUUUGUCAUACUACUUCAAUCAAGGAGACCACAGAAUUGGGGCUGGAUUGUUUAACAUUCUAUCAGUUCAUGAAAUACAACAUACUGUUAUGGUGCACUUUCUCUAUCGUGGACAGGCCAGAUUUAAUAUCCACAUCUUUGAUCCAUUUAGCAGGGAGAUUAGAUACAAUGUUGCUCCUCAGCUUCCUCCUCAGAUAAAUCUUAUCAUUGAUGAUGCUGAAGACAAUGAUAAUUCAUCCAGUGAUGAGGAGACCAAUUAUGAACAUCAAGAUGCACCUUGGUUUGAGAAGAUUUGGGAAACUGAUAUUACUGCUGCACAGAUAUAUGAUUAUCAGACUGUGACUAUUUCAAGUCAUGUGCAGCAAACGUUUUUCCCCAACCUUCCUCCUGUUAUAAAUGUUUUGCUUCCUGAUGACACUAUUGCACUGUGGCACAUUACUUGGCGUCUUCCACGCCAUCCAACUGUAGGGGCAUCUGGCAAUGGUGGGAGGAUUGGUGAGUUGGCUGCAGGGUGGUGUGACUUCUAUAUGAAUAAUAUCAUCAACCAUGACAAUUAUGGGCAAGUUCACAGAAUUGAACUAUGGCAGUCAUCUGAAUCUGAUACCUACAUUGUUUACUUUUAUGAUGUGUGAUUUUAUACAGUGUUUGAAUGAUUGUGUUGUACUACUUCCUUUUCAUGUUUUGAACAAUUGUCUGUUUCAUGGUUUGUUCCAUUAGACAUUAUGUGAAAUACUAUGCUAUUUUGUGUGUGAUGUUUUGCUAUCAAUAUUUUUUUUCC